AUGACAACCAGAGCUGCUCUGGAGGAAAUGGAGGUGAUCGAGGCCGGUAUUGCCGAGCGACUGGCCUUCAACCCGCUCAUUCUGCCUCCUUCACAGGCCCUGACCCCCAACUCACCUCUCCAACCGAGACUACAGAAGCUGAAAAAUGUGCCCUUCACACGACAAGUAGGCACCCCCACAACCCACAGGCAGACAGUGCUGCGCCAGCACGAGAUUGCCACGAUGCUGGAUACGUACCAGAAGCUGGCUCGACGGCUCAAGGCCGAACUCGACGCCCCCAGAGGCAAAUCUGGGUCUCGAAAUCUGUCUUCCAAGGAACUCAAAGGCGUCAUGACGGACUUUUACGCCAAAAUCGACAAGAUCAAACAGACACUGGUGCCCGGAGAACAAGCUCAAGAUAUGUACGCCAACUACACUCUCAAACGACCGGCUCUAGACGUGUUUGAAGACGACGGAGAACAGGAGGAGAGCGUUAUGAGCCAGGCUGAGAGCAACACGCUUCCCUCAGGCAUUUUCAACACAGCUCGAAAGAUCAAUUUUGGCCAGAAAUACACAGACGCCGAAAACUCGGGCAGAUACCUCGACAUGACCCCUCUAUACAUUGAAUACCAGCAGCAGAGAAUGGGUCAUGUGGGAUACAUUGGAUUCAUCAAAUCCUUUUACAACGUCGACAUUUAUGACCCCCAGACGUGUGCGGCUCUGGGCAAAAAGUACCCUGUGUUCCUCGAGUCCAUCGUCUCGUAUUUGGAGUCGUUUAUCACCAAGAAGCACAUUCUGGAGGACCCUCAGAAGACGAUUGACUCGAUUCGAAAGUCAAUAAAAGUGACUGAUUCCAAGCAGGACAAGGAGGAGAACCCUGAGUUGUUCUGUAAGUUCUGUGACAAACAGUUCACCAACCAGGCUGUCUACGACAACCAUUUGCCUGGAAAGAAGCAUAAGAAGGCCGUUGCCCGAGCUGAGAGUGGUGAAACCCCUACACCUACAUCUGCUCCCAAGGCUUCUACUGCAGCCGCUCGGACUCCUGAGACGAUUUUGGCCCAUCUGGAAGAACUGGCUGAAUUCCUGAAGUCGACUAUUGACAGCACCGUUGCCAAUUUGGAACGGAAGCAAGCGCUGACUAAUUCCGAGAGACAGGCUGAAAUCGCGGCUCAGCAGGACCAGGACCGUCUUACUGACGAAAACCUCAGAUACGGACAGCAGAGCGAUGGCUCCCCCUGGUCCAAGAAACAAAAGACUGGAGAUGAAGAUGACGAAGACGAAGAUGAGGUCAUCUCCAACCCUCUCAAGCUGCCUCUUGGGUGGGACGGAAAACCCAUUCCUUUCUGGCUGUAUAAGUUGCAUGGUUUGGGAAUUGAGUACACAUGUGAGAUCUGUGGAAAUACCACCUACCGGGGCCGAAAGAUCUUUGACAAGCACUUUUCCACACCCAGACACAUCUUUGGACUCCGAUGUCUUGGUAUCGAGCCGUCUCAGGCAUUUAAAGGCAUCACCAAGAUUGAGGAGGCCAAUGCAUUGUGGGACCGAAUGAAGAAACAGCUCAAGACGGUGGAGACUCGAGAAGAAAACAUUGUCGAGGUGGAGGAUAGCGAUGGAAACGCCAUGAGUGAGAAGACCUACGAGGAUCUCAAGCGUCAGGGAUUGUUGUAG